UCUGACCUGUCUGCCUCACACACCCCUGUGUGUGUCUCACACUCUGACCUGUCUGCCUCACACACCCCUGUGUGUGUCUCACACUCUGACCUGUCUGCCUCACACACCCCUGUGUGUGUCUCACACUCUGACCUGUCUGCCUCACACACCCCUGUGUGUGUCUCACACUCUGACCUCUCACGUGUGUGUGUGUGUGUGUGUGUGUGUGUGUGUGUGUGUGUGUGUGUGUGUGUGUGUGUGUGUGUGUGUGUCACUCUGACCUUUCACCUCUCAAGUGUGUGUGUCACACGCUGACCUUUCACCUCUAACGUGUGUGUCACACUCUGACCUUUCACCUCUAACAUGUGUGUGUGUGUGUCCCACUCUGACCUUUCAUCCCUCACACCUGUCUCCUCUCAGUGGCUCCUCCCCUUUUAACGGUCUCCAUGGAGACGGCGGACGCCGAACUGCUGACUUCCUGUGUGAAAGUUGAAGUUGUCAUCAAUAAAACAUCUUUCUACGUCACGUGCGUCUUGGGGACUUGAAAUGGGACACUGGCCCUUUAAGAGACGCCGCAGGAGGGGGGAGGUGGAGGGGGGAGGUGGAGAGGAGAGGAGAGGAGAGGAGCAGGCAGCAGCAGCAGCAUCAGAGACAUGGCGGGAAGCAGCGCGUGAAGACCACCAAGAUGGGCAACUCGUCCUUCCCAGCAGGUCGAGAGAAGAGAAAGCUUCCGAUGAUCUCCGCCAAUGAUGGCGAGUUCCCGCGGGACUACCACACGCUGGCGGGCGGCGUCCGGGCCCGGCGGAUGGACGGCGCCUCCAACGGCGGCUUGGCGUCGUCUUCGCUGGACCGCCGCCACAAGUCGGUGGCGGCCAAAAGCCUGGAGGCCCUGACCAGCGUCCACAAGGCCGACGUCGAGCGCCAACGCCACGCCAUCAUGGAGCUCCAGAAGAACACCGCCACCGGCAGCCCUGGCAGCUUGUCACUAGGGGGCGCGGCCAGAGGACGGCAGCAACAACAACAAGGUCACUACUGGAGUUUCAAGAGUCGUGCGCCUCGCGUGACCCGACUCAGCCCGACCAAGCCGGUUAUGGCGGAGCAGGCCAGCAGGGUUUCCUUCGCGUCAGCAGAACAUCUGGAGGCCAUGUCAGAGCCCGACGUUCCCGUGGGUUUCAACCGAAUGAACCGCCUCCGUCAGAGCCUGCCGCUCGCCCGCUCCUCCAGCCAGAACAAGCUGCGGGCGCCAGGUGUCCUCUUCCUGCAGUUGGGCGAGGAGACGCGCAGGGUGCACCUGACUCACGAGCUGAGCAGCCUGGACACGCUGAGGGCGCUCAUUGUACACGUCUUCCCUCAGAGGCUCACCAUGGCUACGCUCAGGUCGCCCAGCACUGCUCUCCUGAUUAAAGACGAGACCCGGAACGUCUUCUACGAGCUGGAGGACCCGCGAGACGUCCAGGACCGCUGUGUCAUUAAGAUCUACUGCAAAGAGCCCAUUUAUGGAACCUUCCCUGGACACCAGAACCCCCACCUGGCCAACGGAGACGUGCGGAGGGAGGUGGGGUACGCCCCCCAGGACUCGCCCCCCCCUCGCCGCCUCAGCAACGCUCCCAUGACCUCCCAGCAUUCCUCCGCCUCAUCCUCGCCCCCUCAAGGCUCGCCAUCCCGUGCACGCCUCCUGUACAGCGGCGGGAGACCCUCCUCGUACGCCGGGCCACCCCACCACCCGCACUCCUCCCCCCACCACAGCCAGCCAGCCUUCUGCUCCACCUCCAGCGCCAUCUUGGAACGGCGUGAUGUGAAGCCUGACGACGAGGUGGGCGGGUCUAGAAGCGUGGUGCUGCUGCGUGCGGACGAGCGCGUGGGCAUCGGAGGUGUCUACACUGACCCCUACUCUCUGGCCAUGGACACCAACCGCAUGAGUCUUGCUGGUGCACCGCACUCGCCUCUUGCGGGCAGGACCGACCUAUACGGCUCCCUGUACCGGCGAGGAGGGGGCGGGUCUGUGCGUUCGCUGACGUCCUACUCGGCUGCCGCUUUACAAGGAGAGCUAAUGGAGGGCGGCGCCCUCUAUAGACCGGGCGGCCCGCUUUACAACGACGCCUACGCGGCGUCUGUAUUGGCCAUGGGUCUGCGUGGUCCGCCCCCAUCCUCCCCUCAGAAGAUUCCCGACAUGCGGGACUCGUACGCCAGCACCCUCCCGACCCGCGGAUCACCCGGCAGACACAGUCUACAUCGAGACUCGGUGACAUCCUCGCUGUGCGGGGACAGUCCUAAGGGUAGGGGUCAUGGGUCGGGGCUGGGUCUGACCUCUGAUCAGCUCUGCCUCAUGGCGGUUGGGGACGGAGGCGGGGCCAGAGGCUUUGCGCCGCCUCUUCUUGGCAACGAGACUGAAACCAGGGAGCGCAUGGAGGUCAUGGAGAAGCAGAUUGCCAGCCUGACGGGCUUGCUGCAACGAGUCCUCAACAGGGCGCCGGAGGCUGAGAGCCCGGACAAGAUAGAGUCAGCGAGCGACGGCUCGGCAACCGCCCCUGGACCUGCUAAGAUAAAAAAAGCCGUGACGCCGUCGGGCCCGCUGGCCUUGAUGCCACCGCCCCUGCCCUCGGGCGCCGAACAGCCAGUGGGCGUGUCCCGCGUGCAGAUGCAGCGCCACCUGCAGGGCCUGCAGCAGAGCACCAACAUGUUGCGCAUGCAGCUCUCACAGCUGCGCAGCAUGCAGCUGGAGAACCGGGACUCAGUGGUGGCCUUGCUGAGACAGACAGAGAUGGAGCUAAGCGGCAUGAUGUUGGAGGCUGCGCCGCCCCAAGAAGACCCCCUGCAGAGACAGCGUCUCCUGGUGGAGGAGGAGCGUCUCAAGUACCUGAAUCAGGAAGAGUUGCUGAUCCAGAAGCUGCACAACCUGGAGAAGUGGGUGGAGGAGCUGCAGAGGAGGCGUGGCCUGGUGAGCGAGCGCGACAUGGAGCAGAGGAGUCAGGAGAUAAGUAUCCUCGAGGAAACACUUGGCCAUCUCAAGAACCAGUUCCCGGGUCUGCAGAGUCGGAUGCGGGUGGUCCUGCGGGUGGAGGUGGAGGCGGUCAAGUUCCUAAAGGAGGAACCUCUUCGCCUUGAUGCGCUGCUCAAACGCUGUAACAGCGUUAGCGACACGCUCAGCGCACUACGCAGACAAGUCUGCGAGGGCCCCCGGAAGGACCCGGAAGACACCUUUGGCCAAUCGCAGAACAGGUCAGAGGACGUCAACACCAUCGACAGUCCGCCGCUCAAUCUCGCUGAUCUGGGCAUCGACGCCGGCCUGGCCGACUGGGUGCCCACCCCCGGCCACCCCCCUGAGCUGGAAAACGUGCUCCCGGUAACUUUUAGAGGUCGAGCCACGGAUGAAUUGCAGAGUCGACGCCCGGCUGAUAAAUGUGUGUCGGCCGAGGUCAGACUGGCGGCCGAGCGUGACUGGGAGGAGAAGCGGGCUAGCUUGACCCAGUUCAGCGCUCAGGACAUCAACCGCCUGCUGGAGGAGACGCAGGCCGAGCUGAUGAAGGCCAUUCCCGACCUAGACUUUGCCGCCAGGACCAUCAACAAGCCGGCUGUACCGCCCAAGCCACAAAUCACCACAGCCGUCGCCGGCACCGGCGAGCAGAUUCCUAACAAAGUGCAGCUGGCGGCCCAGAAGCUGAACAGCCUGGAGGGGGUGGGACCUCAUCGAGGUUCUGUAGACCUGGGUGUCGUCAGGUGCCGCAGUGAGAAGACCACCAAGUCUCCGCCGCCACCCCCGCCUCGUCGCAGCUUCCCCUCGGCGCUUGGACUGACCCCUGGCCGAGUGGGCGAUGCUAUCCUCACCAACAAGAGUCUGAAGAUGGAGGAGGACGGCGAACUGCCCAAGACACUCGUCAAGCUGAGGCGUACUCCCUCUGACAACCCCCGGCCAGCCUCCACGCCACCUGUCAUGGCGGCGUCAAGUUUUCAGCAUGAAGACCACGAGGAUAAGAUAGUCGCAGAGCUGGAGAGCAGCAGCACCACACUGGGGUCGCUCAAAGGUCCGACGGUGGCAGCGCGCCUCAAACACCUGGAGCAAGGUCACCUGGAGAGGAAUGCAGGCCGCAAGUCGAAAGAGGAAGUGAAGGCUGUCCAGGAAGGAGGGCAGCAGGUAUUCCACUUUUAGGAGCUCCGCCUCCAUGGAAGCAGGUUACUAUAUCUCCAUGUUUGGAUUUGUGGAGGUACGCUAGCUAGUACUUGCUGUGUGGAAAGCUAAUUUCCAUGCUAACAUUGGAAAGCAUCACAUGCUGUUGUCUGUUAGCACUCAUGCUAGCUCGUACUAGCAGACAUUUAUUUCAUCCUCAAAACCGGUUUGGUCUGGAAUGUUGUUGCUGCCCCCUUGUGGUAAUCAUGACAUGUUCAAGCUUGAAAGCUUUUGAAAGCUAAGCUCCACUCGUCUUAUCUGCGCCUGCACACGUUCCAAGCGGACCUGACCUGCUGAGCCGGGCCUCCUCUGCGGACUGACUGAUAAGCACAAAGGAUUGUUCUCGUUCGCAGACUAAUUCAUUUUACACGCCAACGUCUUCAGAGACUCUGGAUCAGCUCGGCCACUCCCCGCCAAGAUGGCCGACCUCCGCUUGGCAUGCUCACGAGCGUGGCAUUCAUGGACGCUCGAUAUAACGAAUCAUUUGCAUGACAAUUCCUUUGUGGCUUUAUGGAAAAUCAUCUGUAGGAACAUCAUCAGGUCACGUGAAUUCAUAGGAGAUGUCACUGAUGACAUCAUAGCUCUUUGUCACCCGUGGACAUGAUACCAUCGGGACUUCAUGGAUGACACCAUAGAUGACACUAUAGAUGACAUCAUAGGUGACACCAUAGUGGUGUCAUUGGGACUUCAUGGAUGACAUCAUAGGUGACACCAUAAGUGACACUAUAAAUGACAUCAUAGGUGACACCAUAGGUGACACUAUAGAUGACAUCAUAGGUGACACCAUAGGUGACACUAUAGAUGACAUCAUAGGUGACACCAUAGUGGUGUCAUUGGGACUUUGUGGAUGACAUCAUAGGUGACACCAUAAGUUCACUAUAAAUUACAUCAUAGGUGACACCAUAGUGGUGUCAUUGGGACUUCAUGGAUGACAUCAUAGGUGACACCAUAAGUUCACUAUAAAUUACAUCAUAGGUGACACCAUAGUGGUGUCAUUGGGACUUCAUGGAUGACAUCAUAGGUGGCACCAUAAGUGACACUAUAAAUGACAUCAUAGGUGACACUAUAGAUGACAUCAUAGAUGACACCAUAGGUGACACUAUAGAUACAAUCAUAGGUGACACUAUAGUGGUGUCAUUAGGACUUCAUGGAUGACACCAUAGGUGACACCAUAAGUGACACUAUAAAUGACAUCAUAGGUGACACUUUAGAUGACAUCAUAGGUGACACCAUAGGUGACACCACAGGUGACACCAUAGGUGACACUAUA